CACUAAAGUCCAAAGAGCGCAUGCGCCGUUGUUCCACUAUUUUGUUAUAGAAAUAAACAGGUUGGCUUUCAUUAAGCAUCUCGUUUGUAUUUAAAUUAGCAAUAAAUAACCCACGUCAUCGUCAGUAACGUGAUAAGUAUUUGGAAGAAACGCGCGUCUGUCGUGUCCAGCAGCAAGAUAGUGAUAGCGGUAAGUCGAUAACUGUAACGUCGUGAACUCGUUAUUACCUGCUGUGAUCGUGUUUAUAACUAUUUGGCCUCAAACACGCCCACAAACAGUGGCUCAUGUAAAACUUCAAUAAAAAGUGGACACGUGAAUGGAAAUGCCAGUCGAACCUGUUUCCACUCACCAGCGAUACUGCGUGCUUGUGUAAAUACAAAUUAAAUUUCUCUUGGAGGUCAAAACCGCUGUAAUGGUUGCUGAGAAAGCAAUACAAGGAACUUGGGUGAAAUAGCUGUUGAUUGUUAGUGUUGAAGGGGUUAGUGCUUACUGUGCCUUGACAAUGAGUGCCUUGUGCCACUAUUGCACCAUGGACUAGCUAGGGAUGAUGGUGUCUAUUGAGGGUGGAGCACAAUGGUGGUAGGAAUCUCAUUCUCGGUUCAUGCACUCGUAGGUGACGCCUGGGGGCAUGGAGGCGUAUGGUAGCGAGGUCUCAGGACAGAAUGUGUCGGUGCAGGAAGCUAUUCUACCUCCCGGGGCAGACUUUAGUGCAGAAGAGCCAUCCAGUACCAAGACAUUGGCACCCCAGACGCCAGUGGUGAGCGAGCAACAGUCCGCAGUACAGACAAUGCGACAGCAAACAGCUUCGUACAUCGGUGCAGCGCCGAUGCCGUUCACGCAAACACACCUGGACGGCAUCAAUCUGGAUGAUCCUGCUGCCAGCACCGGUGGGAGGGUGCAGAAGCCACGGUCGGGUGCGCGGGGGCCCUCACGCGCCCUCACCAGCCAGAUAGUGACGCAGGAUGAGAUAGCGAAGGAACUAUUGGAGCGUACGCUUAAGAAGUACACGGUGCCGGAGUUCCCAGAGGGCGGGGACUAUUUCUUCGCGUGGAAACUGACUCAGCGUUUGGCAAACCGCCUCGCCCCGGUCGAUACCAGCCCCACCAAGAUGGAACAGGAGGCCAGCAGUGGGGAGUUCCCCGUCAGCUCGGCGGCCAUCCCAGAUGACAAGGAGCUCCUGGCCAUCCUGGAGGGAGACGGCAUCAACGACUGGAUGCCGGAGACCAAGCCCGCACCUAAGCCCCCGCCUGCGCAGCUUGCACAGCCCAUGCCCUUUAAGCUGGAUCCAGAGCUGGAACGCCAGCUUGCACUCAAGCAGCUCAUGGAAAUGCCCAUCAGGACCAAGAGGAAAAAACCCAACGACAAGAAAGAGAAGCAGCCUCGGAAACCUCGCAUCAAGAAGAAAAAUAAGGACCUCUCGAACCGUGCAGUAUUACAGAACAGUGCCCAAAAAGGUUCGCAGGCGUCUGCGAACAUGAAGAAAGUUCGUCGAAAGAGAACUGAUGUAUCAGAACCAUUAGCCAAAAAGUUGAUAGUUACCUGUGCGACACGUGGCAAGGCUGGUGGAAUCACUAUACCGAAGCUGCAGGUGAAGCAGAGCUUGAGCAAUGGAGAAGUGCACACAAGCGUGCAGAGGGGAGCAGUUCAUGGAACUGCAAAGUCUAUAGUUGCAGGUACUGCUGCUGUCAAAGGCCGGGCAUCUCAUCCUCAAGUAUCCAACUGUACAGGACCAAGACACGUCACAAAGACGCGUGUACCUGAAAGUGGGCAGAACCUAAGUUUACAGGAUGGUGAUGACAGGAUCACUCUACCGAAGCCUUGCUCCACCAAUACCAUGGUGUCCUGCGACAUACCCAUGGUACCAUCGCCACGGUUGGCUGCGCCGCCAAGGACGUACGGGAGUCCCAAGAAACGAACAUUGAAGUCGACUGAUGGGAGAAGCGCGGUACAGCACAGUGCCGCUACAGUAUGCUAUAAUGAGACCAAAGAUACAGCAAAACCAAAAGAAGUACUACUUGUGAAGACAGAACCUGACGAGAAGAGUGCAUCUGUGGACUGUGUGGGAAAUGACGGUGGAAAGAAGAAGAAUCGCAUGAGGGAAGUUGACCGUCUGCUCAUGGACGAAGGUGCUAUCAACUUGCUGUACGAGGCAGAGCAGGGAGAGUCGAAGCGGAGAAGUGGGUUGGAGAAGGUUUCUGCUGGACAGAAGCGUCCCAUCUCUCCUCUCAAGUCCAUAAGACGUAAGAAGAAGGAUUUGUUACUGAAGACUCGGCUGGUGAAAAAUGCAGUGAUGAGGUUGAGUAGCUCGCCGUCGUCUGCGGGACCCCUGGCACUGCGUGCUAAGCGGCCUGCAGGUCACUCGCUUCCCCUGCCAGUGACUCCCCCGCAGCGAAAGCCAUCACUAGACUCGCAGGGCUCCAUGUGCUCACCCUCCCCCACCCCCUCCUUGCCAUGCUCACCUCGUCUGCAGCUACCCGCAGAGGCAUCACGCAUAAUACGCAGACACUCAUCCAGCAGCAACUUUUCCAGCCGUAGUACCAGCCCCAUGCGGCGCCCCAGCAUCGAUCAGGAGGAGCCCCUGGUGCCUGCCCCCAUCCGCAAGAAAGGUGUGCCCAUAUUCGUAAGGAAGACGGGCAAGGUUCAGACUUACCUGGGCAAGCAGAAACCGGUCCGACACAAGUUUCUGGCGGACUCUGGGAAGGCGGCAGUGCAGAUGGCAGUGGCCAAGCUGCAGGAAGCGACUCGGAAGCAGGCGGACGUUCGAAGUAAGGGGUCCGAGAUGGCGAAUGGCUCCAAGAAGAUCAACUCCCUGGACAAGCAACGACUCAAGGCUCAGAUGGCGAGGAACUUCCACCGUGGCGUUGAGAAAGGCAAACUGCUGAAGAUGAAGCGAGGCAGCACAGACGACAAGCGAGGCAAGAAGUCUCUUAGCUCGUCCCCCUGCAGCAGUCGUUCGUCUAGCGUGCCACUCACGCCCAGCGCCAAGAAGGAGGUGCGCAUGGCUGUCCCAAUCAGCCCCGGCGCUGCCAGCUACUCGGAGCUGGUGCACACCCUGGAGAGCCAGCGGCGCGACGACCACGGCAAUGGCAAGCAGCGCUCGAGCGUGCGCCAGAACACGGGCUCUUACCACUACCGAGAGCUGUGCCUGCGCCGACACGGCAGUCUGGUGCAGUUGGUACUGGCACCCGUCUCCACCCGCAUGAAGAACGCCUUUAACGUGCAGGUGCUACGAGAGCUGCGCGAGGUCCUGCAGCAGCUGCGCAAGGACGAGGGGUGCCGUGCAGUGCUGUUGACUUCGGCCGGUGGUCCGUUCUGCCAGGGCAUCGACCUGUCGUGCCUGCUGCAUGCGGUCCCGGAGCGUCGCCGAGCGGCCGCCCUAGAGCUGUCUGCCGCCCUCAAGGAGUUUGUGCGCAGCCUGGCACUGUUCCCCAAGCCGCUGGUGGCGGGCGUGCAGGGUGCAGCGCUAGGCCUGGGUGUCACCAUGCUGCCCCUGUUCGACAUGGUACUGGCCAGUGACACAGCAACCUUCCACACGCCAUACGCACGGCUGGGGCAGGUUCCCGAGGGCGGAGCAGUGCUGACGCUACCACACCUGCUGGGCGGCGCCCUGACCAGCGAGCUGCUGUUCGGCUGCCGCAAGCUGACGGCCACGGAGGCGCGGCAGCAUGGCCUGGUGACACGCGUGCUGUGGCCUGACAAGUUCCAGGAAGAGCUCCUGCCGCUAGUGCGUCAGCUGGCCGCGCAGUCCUCCCAGGCGAUGGAGGCGACCAAGGCUCUGCUGAGGCACGGCCUGCGCGCCAAGCUGGACGCAGCCCUCGACUCGGAGGCGCAGCUACUGGUGCAGCACUGGAGCAGUGCAGAAUGCCAGGAGGGGCUGCGGCGCUUCCUGGAGCUCGAGGAGGUGAGCUUGCAGCGCCAGCGCUUUGACCCCUGACCGGCGCGCUCCUCGUCCACCUUCCAGUGCUGGGCGCAAGCAGAAACAGUCCCAUGAAUAAUCUGAUGAUUUCAGAUCAAUUAUGGUGGACUUAAAACUGUCAACUUCUAAUAUGGGAUGAUGUUAAAAAGAAUAUUGUUCUUACAUUUUUUUAUGCUUGUUUUCACACACUUCAAAGUUCGGUUUGAAGUUUUUGCAAUGCACCAUGAUGUGUGUUCUCACUACAAAUACCUGUAGUUGUAAAAAAAAUAAUGAUAAGUAAACACACUGUACUAAAUAUUACAUAAAACUAUUUUUUUUUAAUGUGCGUUAGUUAAUUUUGUAAGAUAUAAGAGAACUUCAGUUAAGGGUUAUAAUUUAAGAUUAAUAUAAAAUGAAAUGUGUUAGGUUUGUAACCUUGAGUACAAAAGAAAUGUUAUUGGAUUCCAAAAAUUUUUGGUCAUGUUUGUGUGAUUCUGAAGUGUUUUAUUGAGUAGCUUUUCAAUGAACUAAGACAAGACUUUUAACUGCAAUUUUGUGUACCUAUGAUAGAGCACCUAAGUCACGGAUCAGUGUUUGCACGGGAGGCCGUUGGGCGUGAGAACCUUCCCUCCAGCAGAACAAGGUGUGGUGGGAAACUAUACAUACAUUUUUAAUGUACAUGUGUCAUUUGUGUUAAGUUUUGGAAAGUUGUGUGUUCCUUGUUACAGUCUCUGACAAAUCUUGUGAUGCGUGACAAGUUAGUCGUAAUAUCUUGUGCAGAGCCCAGUCUUCAAAACAGAUUCUUUACUGUUUUGUGCUGUCUAUUUUACUUAAAUGUUUGAAAAAUUUGCAAAACAAUAAAAAUAUUUUUACAGAUAUGUGAGAAUAAUGGAAAAAUACGUAUGUCUAGAAUGUACAUAUGGCUUACGUUAAAUAGUGUUUAGCAGUUGUGUUUAAGGAGUACUGUUAUUUUUCAGUUUUAAGUUAUGUAUGGAUAUGUACCAUGUAUUAUUUUCACCUCUUUUUUUUCUUUUUGUAAUUUUUUUUGUAAAAAUUUAAGUAUUUUUGCACAUAGUUAGUUGUUGAGUACGUACUUGUUUUAGUGGGAGAACUACCAUUCAGGUUUAUUGCUGAACUGUUUGUUGAUUAUUUGUUAAUUUUGUGUAUUCCUAUUUGACAGUUGUAUCCCAGUUGGUCAAUGAAGUAGUUUUAAGGGCAGAAUUACAGUAUUGUACAUUUCAUAAUAAAUAAAAUAUUACCCUUGUAGUAAAUCAUUCCACACUGGUUGCAAGCAGAAAUUGCAUAACGAGCGACCAGGCAGUCUCUAAUAAUGUACCUAUCUUGAAGAACCCAAAGUAUCUCUGUGUCGGACGCGUGGCUGAACUGUAAGAUGCAGCGAGUUCACGGCUGUUGACUGUGCUCAAUGAUCUGGUGAUGCCACAGAUACUUGUUAUACAGAGCAACGCAGUGCAGAAACCUGUGCAGGAUGAGAUAGUGUGCACGCAUUAAGCUGUGCAGAUAACACAGGAGUUGGUCGUAGUACAGCUUUUGCAUAAGAACAUUAACAUGGCCUGGCACUGGCUUGAUUUAAAUUUUGAAUCUCGUUCACAUAAGUUUUUAGAAAUAUUAAAAUAAUUAAAAUUUGGUAGAAAGUGAAGAAGAGAAAGAGGGAGGGCAUCUUUUUGAUGCUGAUUUAUAUUCUGCCAAGCCAAUUUUAGGAAAAUAUAUUUUUAAAAUUGUAAAACAAAAGCACAUGUUUCACAGCAGCAGUACGCUAACAUGGAUUCCAGCAGUACGUGAGGAUUCAGAGUGGUCAUGGUGUAGACGCUGGUUGAUUUCUCACCUGUAGCAAAACCUCGACAUUUUGAGUGAUAUGUAAUUUUAAUAAGGGUGUCACAGUCAAUUCAUCACAUCAUUACCUUCUAUCGAAAUUUUUGUUCUAUUUAUCAAAAGGUUCUGUUUAAAAGUAUUUUUAAUUUAUCGGGUUUUCAAUUAAUCAGAAUGUUUGCCACUUAACUAGCAUUUUGGACCAAUGAAAUCUUGAUUCGUCUAAAAUUAAUUUUCUUUUACAAACAAGGGGUUUCAUUUGGUGAAUCAUGGGGUUUUGUUCAAUCAGUGAGAAAUCUAAGAAUCUAUUCAAGUAACAACUUGAAAAUCAUUUCAAUUAAUCAUUGUUUCUCAAUAGGAUUUUCCUUUAUAGGAUGAAAAGACUUCAAUUAUUGCUUUUUUUUUUUUAAAGAGCUUUGAAUCUUAAAUUAAUAAACACUACUGGUUCACUCUUUACAGCAACAUAUUGUGAUUACAAUUGUCAUUAGAAUAACUGUAUUACAAGUGUUGUUAUAACAAGGUUAUACUCUACUGUAUUUUAAAUUUUUGUCACUGUAUGAAAAUGUAUACUACCAAUUUAUGUCUCUCAUUUUAGAGUCUGAUUGUAUUUAAAGUAAAUUAAAAUUAUUUUUGUUUUAAUGUUUAAGAAAACAGCACUAGUUCACACAAGUUAAUAUAUUUUUGAAAUCUUACUAAAACUAUAGAGCCAUAUCUUAUAAGUUAUUUUUAUUUAAAGUUAGUUGUAAAUGAAUCAGAGUUAUUUUGAUAAACAUUAUCGUUAAAGGGAAUGAAAUGUGAUUCAAUCAGAAUCUAAAAUAAAUAAUCAAAUCCCAAAUAUGAGAAUUGAAAUUGGAAUACGAAUUUGCUUGUUUUUGGAAUUGAUCAACACUGCUAUACGAUUAUACUGCAUUUCCAGAGGUUCUGUGCGUAUGUAAUAAUUAUGUUUAAUAGUUGAGGAUGAUCUCCUGUACAUUUGUAGCACAUAAUGUAGUGUGUGACAAUAUUAGAAUGAUUAUGUGAUCUUGGUGAUUUUAAUUUUAUCAUAACCAAACUUAAUAUUUAAUUAUUUAAUUUCAAAUAGAAUAUCACAUUAUUUUAUAUUGUAUUCAUACAACUGGGUUGUCUCGGCAUGGUUCUGUUUGUAGCCUCCUUACGCCUGUUCAAAAUGUAGUGAUGAUAUUAAUUAAUCAAAAUUACAAUCGUUUUUGAUCAAUUGUAA